GUCACCAUGGAAGUCAAAAAUAAAAAAGCAUCUCCAGGAAAAGUGGGGCAGAAGUCUCGAGGCCAAAAGAUGUUGAAAAAAAAUGGCAGUUCUGGCCCUUCAAAGAAAUUUCCAAGAAAAAAUUCCGAGACCGGCGGGCCGAAGUUCCAAUCCAAGAAGUUUGAGAGAGGCACCAAAAAGCCUGGAAAAGUUGGUGUUAAGCAGUUCAAAAACAAGCAGCCCGGGGAUAAGUUGGCUAAAAAAAGACCGUUCCAGCAGGGAGAUAAAUUGACCAAGAAGAGAAAGUUUCAGCAAGAGGGGAAAGAUGGUGGGUCAGCAGCUAAGAAACCCAAGUGGGAUGACUUCAAAAAGAAAAAGAAGGAAUUAAAGCAGAACAGACAGAUCAAUGAUAAAAGCAACUAUGACAUCAUCAUGAAGGCAAAGCUGAUUUGGGAAAGCCUAAGAAGAAAAAAUUGCGACAAAGAAAAGCGGACAAAAUUGAUGAGUGAACUGCAGAAGCUGCUUCGGGGGAAAAUUAAGACGAUUGCUUUUGCGCACGAUUCAACUCGUGUCAUCCAGUGUUAUAUUCAGUACGGUAAUGACAAACAGAGAGAAGAAGCUUUCGAAGAACUGAAAGAGAAUUUGGUUGAAUUGAGCAAAGCCAAAUAUUCCAGAAAUAUCGUGAAGAAAUUUCUGAUGUACGGAAGCAAACCCCAAGUUGCCGAAAUCAUCAAAAGUUUUAAAGGCCAGGUGAGGAAGAUGUUGCGGCACGCUGAAGCUUCUGCUAUCGUAGAGUAUGCCUACAAUGACAAAGCCAUUUUGGAACAGAGGAAUAUGUUGGUAGAGGAGCUCUAUGGCAAUACGUUCCAGAUUUACAAGUCAGCGGUUCACCCAACUCUAGAUAAAGUGUUGGAGGUGCAGCCUGAAAAACAGGAGGCUAUUAUGGAUGAAAUGAAACAGAUUCUUGCUCCAAUGGCUCAAAAGGAAGCUGUCAUUAAACACUCAUUGGUACAUAAAGUAUUCUUGGACUUUUUCACCCACGCACCUUCAAAACUCAGAUCGGAAAUGAUUGAAGCAAUCAGAGAAGCAGUAAUCUACUUGGCGCACACACACGACGGGGCGAGGGUGGCCAUGGCCUGUCUCUGGCACGGCACGCCAAAGGACCGCAAAGUUAUUGUGAAGACAAUGAAGACUUAUGUUGAAAAAGUAGCUAACGGCCAAUACUCCCACUUGGUUUUGCUGGCGGCAUUUGACUGUAUUGACGAUACUAAGCUAGUGAAGCAGUUAAUUAUCUCCGAGCUCAUCAGUUCCUUGCCGGACAUCGUCAACAAUAAAUACGGACGAAAAGUCCUGUUGUAUUUGCUGAGCCCCAGAGAUCCUGCCCACGUCGUGCCAGAAAUCAUCAAGGUUUUGCAGAAAGGCGACGGAAACGCACAUAGUAAAAAAGACCCGGACAUCCGCCGGCGUGAGCUGUUGGAAGCUAUUUCCCCGGCUCUGUUGAGCUACGUUCAGGAACACGCCCAGGAGUUGGUGGUGGACAAAGGGUCCUGCGUCCUGGUGGCUAACGUCCUGGGCUUUGCACUCGGUGGCGUCCAGCCCGUCAUGGAUGCCGUCGCUGACUUGGCAGCCGCAGAACUGAUUCCUGGCGGCAAGGACGGAGAGCUUCACAUGGCCGAGCAUCCGGCAGGACAUCUGGUGCUGAAGUGGUUAAUAGAACAGGAUGACAGGCUGAAAGAAAAUGGAAGAGAAGGUUGCUUCGCAAGGACUCUGGUAGAGCGUGUUGGCGUUAAGAAUCUCAAGUCCUGGGCUGGCAUAAAUCGCGGUGCCAUUAUUCUUUGUCGCCUCCUCCGAAGCUGUGAUCAAGAAGUGGCAAACAAAGUUAAAGCUGGACUGAAAAGCCUUGUCCCCAAAUUGAAAAAAACCACCAGUGCCAGCAAAGGACUAGACGCUUUGCUUGAGAAACUGACCGCCUGAGAGGAAAAUGAACAUCGAAGAACAAAUUGGAGACACUUUCCCGGCUGGGAGAGAUGUGAGAUCAUCAGGUCCGGCCCAGUCCCUGCCCCUCACGGGGCUGACCUUGGGGUGUGCGUGAGGGAGGGAGACCAGAUCAGGUUAUUUUUUUUCCCCCCCUCACGAUUCUUUUUAAUAGUCUGUGAAAAAGCAGCUCUAGGAAAUAAAUGGUUUCCAAAAGA